AUGGAGCCGCGACCGUUGCUGGAGCUCAAUGUGAAGCAGGCGAUCGCCAGCAUCCUGCAGAAGCCUCGGUGGUGGGUCAAGUGGAGCGACUCCGAGAUACGAUCCAGGUGGCUGAGAGAGGUGGAGCUGCAGCUGCUGCUCAAGACGUUCGAGCAGUCGUUAACAGGCUGGUAUCUGGAGCUGGUGGCGAGCAGAGCCAAGCUGAGCGCCACGACGGAUCCAGCUCAAGUUGUGAUCUGCUCUGCUGGGGUCGACGGUGUUUGGAUCAGCGACAACAUCGUUUCGGACGAAGUUGCAGCGAAAUUGAGGCAAGAAGUGGCGGCAUUGGAGAACGUGCCAGAGGAAGAGAAGGAUUGGCACCCUCACUCGAAGAAGCAGGUGCUUGACCUGGUGCAUCCUGCGCUGUUCUGCUGCGUGUUCGGGCAAACGCUGAAAGCUGCGAGUGCUCUGGACCCUUUGCCUUUCACAACCCCCGCAGAACAAAUGCACCGCCUGAUACCGCAAGGCUGCGAUACGAACUACCAGUGGAUUCCAACGAAUUUCUUCGUAAAUGACGGCGGAGAACCUGGAAAAAAUGUCGCCAACCUGCGAAUCCUGUCGUACAUCAACAACUUACACCCGGAGCAACGCGCAGAUCUGUACGACACAAUCGGGAAGAUCUUUGGUGUCUUCGUACCGUUGUUCGAGCGGAUGCUGGGCGAUCAAGAAGAAGGAAUGCCGCGAUCUGCAUUUCGAGUCAACAUGCAGGGCCACGAUACGUACCGCGAGCUCCCUCCACGCCCCAAAAUCCCCGCACUGAAGGAGCUACCGAAUAAUCCCGCGGUAGUUUCUCUUCGUGGGAAACAACUGCAGGUCAUCGUGAAGAUUGCUGAGAUCAUUUUGACCCCAGAGAAGCCGAAGUAUAGAGGGGGAAGCUGGCACAUUGAGGGAUCCCCAGCAGAGAGGAUCGUUGGUACCGGCAUCUACUACUUCAGCUGCGAGAACGUCAAGAACUCGCGCUUGUCCUUCCGUACUGAAGUUGAAGAGCCCCCUUACCAGCAGAACGACGACGAGGGAGUCGCAGAGAUCUACGGACUAUUCAGCAAUUCUCUAUUGGUCCAGGAACUAGGCUCAGUUGAGACCCUGGAGGCUCGUUGUGUGGUGUUCCCCAACACUCUACAGCACCAAGUCCAGCCGUUCGAGCUGGACGACCCAACAAAGCCCGGAGCUCGCAAAAUCCUGGGCUUCUUCCUCGUUGACCCGGAUAAUUCAAUCCCUUCGACGUCCAUUAUCCCGCCACAACAAGAAGAAUGGAUGGAGACGCCAAUGAACUUCACGGACCUCGACGUAGUGGAGCAGAACAUUCGCUCGAUGCUGCCCCGAGGACUGAGUUGGCAAGAGGCUAAACGGCAUCGGCUGAAGCUCAUGAAAGAGCGCGCUGUGCCUGAGCCCGACGAAGAUGAAAGGGACGGCAACCCUCGCUAUUUCUCGUUGUGCGAGCACUAA